AUGUCUUCUAUUAUAGAAACCCGCCAGAAUCUUGUCGGCACUUGGAUCCUCGUUGAAUACAAAGUGAUACAUACCGAAACAGACCAUGCUACCCAUCCUCUAGGUCCAAAAGCCCAGGGCCUCCUUGUCUACAGCGCAGAUGGGUUUAUGUCUGCACAGCUCAUGCAACCCGAAGCCCCAGCUUUCUCUAUCAACGAUGUACAGCGAGGUACACAGGAGGAGCUCUCUGAGGCAAUGAAACAUUACCUAGGAUAUUGCGGCCGAUACAACAUACAGGAGACAGACGAGGGAAUUAUAGUCAUGCAUAACGUGGAACUUUGCUCAUUCCCUAACUGGGUAGGGACCCAGCAAGGGCGCUUGGUCACACUUAAUGGCAACAAUAUGGAGCUCAAUACUGCUAACACUUAUUUCGUUAAUGGCCAAAAGGUGCGUGGGUCAGUUAAAUGGGUAAAGGCAAAGCUACCAGGGGACUUUUGA